CAGUUACGAUAAUAUGUCAAAAUAGUUGACCUUCGUACGAUAUGCUCAUAAAUAUUUGGAAAUGUUAAAUUUUUCUUCAGGAUUUUAUAUUAGAACACUUUUAUAGUGAUUUAGUUUACAGUGAUGGCUCAACCAAAUCAGGUGACAGUCGAUAUUGAGGACGACGAGCCAGCAGAGGCUGCGCCGCGUCACAAUGCACUACACAGGCUCGAUUCAGUUUCCAGACCAACAGUUCCGAAUAGAAAUAACCUGGGCCUCGGAGAUCGCCUCAACAGUGUAUUCAGAGAAAUCAGACCUCUCGUAGAAAAUGCUCGUAUGGGAAAUAACGCACGGCUGUCCCUGCCCACAUGGUUGCCGAGGAAUACGCCGGGCACACAUCAGAUUGUAGAUCUUGGUGCUCAAAGGCCACAGAGCUCUAUAGCUCAUGUAAACUUAGGGCCAAAUGCUCAAACUUAUAUUGUUAAUGAACGGGGAACUCCACCCACUCACCGGUCACAGUCUACCAGCCAUGGGAUGAGCAACAGUGCUUCCAAUGACUCCAACUUGUCGGAACAGGAGCAAGAACACCCAGAGAUCAAUGUGUCGGUGAAUCCGGCCAACAAUAACAAUAUACAUGACAAUGCGGAUAAUGAUAGUCAAAGUGAAGAUGGAACACAACAGGUGGUCGACGUUCGGGCGACACUGAACUUACUUCUACGAUACGCACCGUUUUACUUCUUGCUGUUCAUCAAAUUCAUGUACGACAGUCGAGAAGGCAUCUUCACGUUUAUUAUACUGUUCUGCACGUUCACACAUAGCAACAGUCUUGUUAGGAGAGAACAUGGAAAACAGAUGCACCGGAGCAUACUAGCGUUAUUCAGCGAGCUAGUUUUCACUUCCAGUUGCAUAGUUAUAGUGCACUUCCUCUUCGGCCAUGGCAAGUUGUUACCCAACGUGGUCAUGUUUCCCGGGUAUACGGAGCUCGAUGUAUGGGAACUGUUGUGGCUGGUGGUCCUUACUGACUUGAUAGUCAAGAUUAUUACUGUGGAUAUCAAGAUCUUGGUCACCAUGAUGCCGGCGUUUAUAUUGCCGUUUCAGAAGAGGGGUAAAGUAUACCUAUUCACGGAGGCGGUCUCCCAAUUGUACCGCUCGUUGCUCACCAUACAGCCGUGGAUAUUCUACCUGAUGCAGUCGUACGAGGGCUCCGAGAAGAUGGUGGGCAUGUUCCUAACGUCCGUGUAUGUCAUCGCGAAGGUCAUUGAGGUGUUGGUCCGGUUGAGACUGUUUAAGAAUGCUACUUGGACCUUGUUACAGAGCGUGAAUCUCGGCACAAAACCAACAUGUGAACAACUGCUCUCCGCCGGCGAUUCCUGUCCCAUUUGCCACGACGACUACUCGACGCCAGUCCGAUUGGGCUGCAGUCACAUCUUCUGCGAACUGUGUAUCUCUGCCUGGCUGGACCGAGAACAUACCUGCCCACUGUGCAGGGCUAAGGUAGCUGAUGAACCUACCUGGAGAGACGGAUCCACCACAUACGAUUUUCAACUCUAUUAACCGGUUUAGUUGGGAGGUUGUGACCAAUUUUGAGUGUAGCUCUGCAACUCCUCCUGGUGAGAUAGGAUCGGAUUGCACAAUUCAGAAUUUGCAAAUUUUUCAAAAUAUGGAUGCGCGAAAAAUUCCAAAAAAAAAACCUUGAUUUAUUUUGGUACAUAGUGCAUUUCAAAAAUGUUGUCACCUUACGGGACUGUUUUAUCUACGUAUGUAAAAUAUUGGGUCUCUAUUCAAAAUUACAAUAAUAGCUGCAAUAAUUUAAAAGUGCGCGACAUCUUCGUUAAAUAAUCAAAGUUGCGUAUGUACUCGAAAAUGUAUGCUAUGCUAGCCUCCAAUGAAAAAUAUACAAUCUCUAUUUGACGCUUCACGAUUCCUUCCUUCAGCCAAUCAGUCUAUGGUGCAAAUGAAACCGAUUUCUUCAAGACCUAUAAUGUAUUAGGUCACUUGGAGUUUAUGGUUAUGUAUUUUCAACUAUGUAUCGUCUUCUGGGUCUGUCACAGAUGUAUUGGUCUCGUUCAAUGAAGUUCUUAUUUAAAUCCGAUUAAAUAAGGUGCUUUCGACGUCCCAAAAUGUUUGUGACAGGCCUAAAGCUAAUUUGGUUGACUAUUUUAUACCUUUGGAUGUAUGAAGAUUCGUCUGUGUGAGUCGUUAAAUGUGUGCUCUAUGACACUAGGGUAAAAUUGUUGAAGAUCUUAGUUGUUCUAAUACUUACUAAGUUCGUAAGUGCUUGUUACCAAAUUGCUGUGUUUGUGUGUCUGUCUGGUGAUCUUUGUUACUUGUCAGAAAACUGUUCGACAGCUAGAUUUCUUCUUUUAAAUUACGUUAGGAAUAAUAGGUUGUUAAAUAAACUCUAACAUUCUGUAUUUAACUUGUAUAAGGUCUAAAUAUUAGCCGUUUCAUUACGUUUAAGUCCUAGACUUAUUAAAAUGAGACUCAAAUUUUAAGAGAUUAUUCAGGCCUAAAAGUAAAGUUAGUCUCUUUAUGAACUUCUAUUAUUUAUGUACAUAGUGUAAGCACAUCAAUCAUAGCGGCAACCAUUUAUUUUUUAUUUCUUUAUAGUUAUAAUUUAUAUAUUAUAGAUAAUGUAAAUAGGAAAUAAAUAUUUAAACUAAAUCAUGAUAUUAAAAUUAAAAUAAUUACAUAAUUAAAUAUUUGUACAAGAAAUUACAUAAAUGAAUGUAACAGCUACUAGUAUAACUGAUAAUUCUAUCGGUCGUCCACUAAGCGUGAAGGAUUUUCAACUUUGUUGGUUUAACACAACAAAAAAAAAUAUUUAUUUAAAAUAGUGUUCAAUUUAAUUGUUGUAUCAAAUAACGUGCUUUUAGCCCAUAUAAUAUGCUUUUAAUAAUAUCUAAGAAUGACAUAAGCCAAAUAGUGUAGCGUACAAAAAUGACUACUACAUGACUAUUCCAUUUUGUAUUGUAAAUAACAUAACUUUAAGUUACAUUAAUAAGCGUAAUGUGAUAAUUAAGAUCAGCCGCAAAAUGUGUGUAUGAAAUGAAUUUUGGAUACUCUGGCUUAGGACAAAAUAAACAAAUCUUUGUAUUAACAAUAUUCAAGUAUAUUCAAGAUCUUGAAGAAUAUUAUCAUGGCAUUUACAUAAAUCAAAAUCAGCUGAAUUCGUGUCAUGUUUCCGAUUUUUGAGUGAUUUGACAAUAUGGUAAAAAUUAUGAAAAAAAUAAUUAGGUGUUAACUUUUUGGCCUCUGUUUCGCCACUAGAUUAUAUCUUCUACAUAGAGUAUCUAAUUGUUGUUUUUUUUUUUCUUGUAGAGAGAUGAAAGUUAAGACACAGUUGCAAUGCGAAAAUUAUUGUUACUUCUUCGUACUUCUCCCUCCGUUCUUUCUUCGUAAUAAUAUUUUAAGUAGCGGAACAGAGUGUCUUCGGUCUUUAGGCGUAUAUAAAAAUUCACGAGCUGUUAUUGCGUCCUUUCAUAUUUCACCUUAAAAUUACGUAUUGACAUUCCACACCUUGUUAUCGCAUUAUUUUUUGAUUAAUUAUUGUAAUGUACUAAAAUAAGAUUAUCUACUGGUUAAGUUCUGCAUUGAGAAUCUAAGCUAAGUAAAACCUAAUCGUUUGUUUAGGAUUACUUAGUUUAUUUAUCGUUAAUUCUCAAUUCAGAAAUCGGCCUUAUAUAUUAUGAUUCUAGAAGCGUUCUGUUGAAUUGAAAAAACGAAUAAAAGGUUUUAAAGAAUAUUUAAUUUCCGUGCUAUUUACAGACGAAACGUUUUAGUCAAGCUUGUGGUGAGCAUUAAGUCCAGUUGGUCGAAAAUCAAUUGGAUUCCUUCCCUUUGUGUAAGGUCUUGUUCAGAUAGAAUGCAGUCUAUCGACCAAUUAAUAGUCGCGAAGAAGCUUUAAAAAAUGCGUACAGGUUACGUAGAUUUUGAAAGGGAUUCAGAAAGCUGCAGUUGCAUUUUAUCUGAGCACGUCCUUCCAUCACUAUUGUUAUAGGACAAUACAGUGUAUCGUAUGUCUAAUAAUGUACAGAAUAUAUAUAACCAUUUGUAACUUUAAUAGAUUUUAAAAUAUUCAAUGCCGCUCGGCAGAGCAUUCUCUCUUUACUCUUAUUUUUAAAAGAAUGAGUUUUAAAUUCAUUGUGAUGAGAAUUGGAAUUGUAUAAGUAUGUACAGGUUUGUUUGAAAAUGUUUAGUUUAUAAUGCGAGUGCCUACGUGUAGGCGAGACAUUACGUUAUAGCAGUUGAUGAGUUAAUAAAAUAUUAUGCAAAUCAA